AUGAAGAUUCUCAACAGGGAAGAGAGAGAAGCUCAUGCGUCUCAUAUCGCGUCAGAAGGGUUGAAGGGGCUUUUCGUGGGCAGCUUGAUCUCACUUAGCGCUUUCGGAUAUCUCAAGUUGAAGCACCCAGUCAGGUUCAAACAGUUUAACACUUCCAUCAAAGCAUGUAUCUUGAUCAUGCCCACAGUCAGUUGCUGUGCUUUUUACGCUGACCAAGGUUCGGUACAAUUUGAUAAAGCUAUGCGCUCGAGCCCUCAGAAUGAAAAAUUGUUGAUGGACCGCUACAGAGAGUGGAAGAAGAAGUCUACCGGUGAACAGAUUCUUACCGGAGCCCGAAACAACAAAACAAAGGUUGGACUAGGCGCUUGGAUGGCGUCUGUAGGUGGUUACUACGCCUAUCUCAAACAGGACACCAGGCUAAGCGAGGUGCAACGAAUGGCCAAGAUGAGAACGUUCACAUCGAUAGCGUCCGUGGUGCUUCUAGGAGCAACUACUGCAGCUAUCUACGCUGACAGCAAUUUUUCAAAGGGGGGUGAGUCGAAGAAUGUGAAAAAGAGUAGUGCUUGA